UCGACGAGGCUUCCACCUGAAUUCCCAAUUCAUCUGCUCAUUUAGACUCUCCCAUUUGUUCACUUUAAGUAAACCCAUCCUUUGCCAGUUGCCAGUGCCACCCGAUGAGAUUGAGACACAGACGUUAACAUUUCCUCUCCCGAUCUCAAGUCAAACUCCAUCGCCAUUCUUCUUUAAAGCCUCCACCGAAAGAACAAAAGAUCCUCUCAGUUUCUUCAGCUUAGUUUUAAAUGGCUGCAACAGCAACAACUACCCAAACCCAUCCUCCAAACCCUUUAUUGAAAGCACCCAAAGGACCAACAAGAUCAAAGCUUGUUUGUUUCUCUUUUGCUGCAUAUUCCAAAACCAUAAUUGACCAUCUUAAAUCCCUCCACAUUCCAGUUUUUUCAGGCUUAACCGACCAAGAAUUCUCCUCUAUUGAAUCAACUUUCCACUUCACUUUCCCUCCUGACCUUCGUUCUAUCCUCCAAGAAGGCCUCCCCGUCCAUCCUUCAUUCCCCAACUGGCGAUCCUCUUCUCCUCAGCAACUUAUCAUUCUCCUUAACCUCCCUUCCUUGUCUCUCUACAGGAACAUUAGGUUCCACAACUUUUGGUCGGAUUCUUGGGGGUCUAAACCAUCAAACACCAAUGAUGCUUUAGCUUUGGUUAAGGACUUGUUACGAAAUGCGCCCCUUCUUGUUCCUGUAUAUAGAAACUGCUAUAUCCCUUCGACGCCAAACUUGUCGGGGAACCCUGUUUUUUACGUUGAUACGGAGGAAAUUAGAAUCUUAAGCUUUGAUAUAACUAGGUUUUUUCAAGAACUUGAACUCUCGACGAGGGGUGGGGUUUCUAAGCCUUUCAUGAGGAAGAAAGCCAAUAGCGUUAAUAUCAACGUUCCAGCUUGGGCGGCUACCGCGCCACGGAGGAUUGAGUUUUGGACGGAAGUGGCUGGGAGAGGGAGGAGAACAGUGGCGCGUGGGGUCACGGGAGGGUGGUGGAAUAGGGAUGAGGUGGAGAGGGAGGGAGAGUCGAGGUUAGGGGCAUGUAUGGAGGAAGAGUUUUGGCGAUUGAGGGAGGGAGGGUGGAACGAGGAGGAGGUGAGGGAGAUGAUGAUGAUGAUUGACGGAUCUGAUCAUAACGAGAACAAGGAAAUGAGCGGGACCCAAUUGGUGAUGGACGGUGAGGAUGCGGCGUGGCACGUGAGGGUUUUAUCUGUCGUGUUAUUACGCGCGGGAUGGAGUAGGGAAGAUGUGGUGUACUCGCUCGAUCUCCAUGAUGUUAUUGAUGAUAACGACGAUGAUGAAAGUAUGAACUGAGGAGCACGGAACCUUUUUAGAACUCAACGUCCGAAUAGCUGUCGCGUUUAGGAUGAUAAUCAUCAUAUUUUACUAAAUUAAUAUCUAUAGGUUAUAUUUUACAAAUAAAUUCAUCUGAUUGUACACUUAAAAAGAUUAGGGUGACUGAUAAAAUAAUAAAAUAAUACAUAUAUCUUUUGCUAUAAGGAUUAGUUUUUAAUAGUAAAAAUAAUUAAUUUUUUAAUGAAAAAAUUAACUUACUCUUUAUUUAAUAUAUAAAGAUUAAUUUA